AUGAAAAAUCACCAGUCCCGUCCAACUGGAUUUAUACCAUUCCUAGGAGCGAAUGUGUCCUCAUUUGACGGCCAUGGACGUGGACGUAGACGCGGAUGUAGUAGUGGUCGUGGAUAUAGUCACAAUAUAAAUAAUUAUCAUAAUCGUGAUGGUCAUAAUUUCUCAUUGGUUUCUAGAAGGAACUUCACAUCGUCCCACCAAAAGUGGAAUUUAAAUGGGACCAAGCAGGCAAAAGGAAAAACUUUGCAAAACAAAGCUCCUGAGAUAUAUGAUGACAAACCUUACUAUAGGUCUGGAAUGAAAGGGCAUUGGUCACUUACCUAUCGAACGCCCAAACAUUUAUUCGAUCUUUACCGUGUCUCAAUGAAUGAUAAGAGAAAAGGAAAUGAAUUCGAAAUGAAUUUUGUUAAUGAUGACAUGCCAGUUAGUAUUACUCACCUCGAUGUUUCUGACUUCUUUGUUAAUCCGAGUGGUAGUAUUAAUCAUUUGAUUGGUGAUGGAAAUUUCUAUACCAAUUAA